GUUCCUCCGCCAGCUGUCGUAGCUCGAGUUUGUCCAACAAUCAAUGGAGUGAGCUGAGCCUGCUACUCCGGGUUGAUCGCUUAUAUAUGUGCGGCUUCAGGCUUGGCAGCGUCACCAGUGCAAGCAUCGGUCGACCGGCAAUGAUGGCUCCACCAGCGGUCUGGCUUCUUCUUCCUCUCGGCCUCUUGUGCCUGUGUAGCUCCACCGCCGCCUCUCUCUCGGGCGGCGCCACGGCGGCGGAGGCCGCAGCCGACUACGUCGUCGUGGCCACGAGCUGGCUCAAGACGAAGCCGGUGUGCCAAGGGCUCAGGGCUGCAGUGGAUGCGCCGGCGAACCUUACCGCCAGCAGCAGCUGGGUGCCGCUGAGCCACUCCUACGGCCCCUGCUCGGCGGCGGCGGGAAGUUUGUCGCCGGCGCCGGCCGACGUGCUGCUGCAGGACCAGCACCGCGCGGCCUACAUCCAGAGGAAGCUCGCCGACGGCACCCCCCAGGACGACAACGGCAGCGACCUGCCGGAGUCGGACUGCAAGAGCGGCCAGUCGGAGCACGCUCCCACCGUGUCACCCAACAUUGGCGAGAACUCGAGCCCCACAUCAGAGGGCUCGGAGGCGGUGACCCUCAUCGAACCGGCGGCGGGCGGCAGCGGCGCGCAGCGGCUGCCGGGCGUGAAGCAGACGAUGGUGCUGGACACCGCGAGCGACGUGGCGUGGGUGCAGUGCGCCCCCUGCCCCAUGCCGCAGUGCCACCCUCAGACGGACACCAUCUACGACCCCUCCCAGUCGUCGACGUACGCGCCGUUCGCCUGCGGCUCCCCCGUCUGCCGGCAGCUCGGCCCGUACGGCAACGGCUGCGCCGCCGGGUCCCGGCAGUGCCAGUACCGCGUCCAGUACCCCGACGGAAGGUCCACCAUGGGCACCUACAUCUCCGACACGCUGCGGCUCAACCCCACGUCGGUGAUCGGCGGGUUCCAGUUCGGGUGCAGCCACGCCGUGCAGGGCCACUUCCCCAACGACACCGCCGGGAUCAUGGCGCUCGGCCGCGGCGCGCAGUCGCUGGCGUCGCAGACGAGGCUCACCUACGGCGGCGUCUUCUCCUACUGCCUCCCGCGCACGGCGAGCUACAGCGGCUUCUUCGUCCUCGGCGUGCCCGGGGUCGCCGCCUCCCGGUACGCCCUCACGCCCAUGUUCGCCGUCCCGCAGGCGCCGAUGCUGUACCUCGUCCGCCUCCGGGCCAUCGUCGUCGCCGGCCAGGCCCUCGCCGUGCCGCCGGCGGUGUUCGCGCCCGGCGCCGUCGUGGACUCCCGCACGGUGAUCACGCGCCUCCCGCCGACGGCGUACGGGGCGCUGCGCGCCGCCUUCCGGGCCAGCAUGGGGAUGUACCGCGCGGCGCCGCCCAAGCAGCAGCUCGACACCUGCUACGACUUCAGGGGGGUCCGCCGCGUCACGCUGCCCAGGGUCACGCUGGUGUUCGACCACAGCGCCGCCGUGGAGCUCGACCCGUCGGGGAUCCUCUACAACGACUGCCUCGCCUUCACCCCCGGCAGCGACGACCGGGCGAUCGGGGCCAUCGGCAACGUCCAGCUGCAGACGUACGAGGUGCUGUACAAUGUCGCCGGCGCCACCAUGGGCUUCCGCCGUGCCGCCUGCUAGCUGAUGAGUCGAGUGCAGGCACCAAUCACCAUGGAUCUCUGCUGCCAGCUGCUACCAACAAGCCUCACAACAAACUACCUACCUAUAUAUAUACCUACCGUCAUUUUUGGCCCCUGUAUGGUCGCGUUUGAAUAAGCCGAGUUUAACUCGGGUACAUGUAUUUGCCUGGUCUAUCUUAAGCUUCUUAUACGUGUGAAAUGAAGCUUAAUUAAGAACUGUUUUCUGGGCAAGUCCAAAAGGGAAAUACAUACAUAUUUUGGAUAAA